CGGUAUCAGUCAUCAGUCAUCUGCCAACAUUCCAACCCGGUACAACAAGACAUCGCUCUUGCAAGCAAACGUAAAGGAUCCCCCGUGAAGUUACAGCCUCAUUUACAGCAAAAGCAAUGGCUUCCUACAAAGUGCUCGGUAGCUUGAUCGUUGUGCUGCUGGUCGUGCUUGCGCUGAGUGGAUCGGCCGAAGCCGGCUACCGGAAACCACCGUUCAACGGUAGCAUCUUUGGCAAGCGUAGCGGCAGCUCGGGUGACUACGAGGGAAACGCGAAGGUGCUCUCCACCAUGUGCGAAAUCGCGGCCGAAGCGUGCCAAAGCUGGUUUACCCAAGAGCAGAAGUAAGCCGAUUGCUGGAUGUGUGUUUUUCGUGCUUUCUUCGCCUUCCACCGACCGACAGACCGACCGACCGGAACGAUUUGGUGUGCUUCCCAAAACUACACAGUUUAAACUAAACACGCUACACCUUUGCGGUGUUGAACUACCGAACCGCAGCAAGCAGCUGGAUGAUGACGAGGGUUUCGCCAUGUAAGCGUUCUAUUCCGGAAUAAAAUGUUUUGUGCUACCUAUCAGUAAA